UUGGACCCGGAAGUUCUGGCGAGUGCUAAAUCUUUCAGUGAUCGGUUUGCAUGCCUCUUGCAAGUUAGCCUGUUCUCAAAACUUCAUCGUUUUGAUUAAUUAAGGCAAUAACUUGGACAUCUCAAAGUGAUGGCUGCCAUACAGGUGACAGAGGAAACCAUUGUAGUGGGUGGGCAGACUCUGUUCUCCCGCCAGGCUAAACCUACACAACAGGCUCCUCGCCUUUCCCUCCUGUUGCUCCAUGGCAUUCGUUUUUCAUCAGAGACGUGGCUCAACCUGCAGACUUUGUCUAAGUUGGCAGAAGCUGGAUACCAUGCUGUAGCUAUUGAUCUGCCAGGAUUUGGCCGCUCUAAAGAUGCUGUUGCUCCAGCUCCUGUUGGAGAGCCAGCACCAGGGAGUUUCUUGAAGGAUGUCUUGGAAGCCCUGAAAUUCAACCAAGCAGUGGUGAUCAGUCCAUCUCUCAGUGGCAUGUAUUCACUCCCAUUCCUUUUUCAGCACAAUCACCUUCUCAAGGCCUACAUCCCAGUGGCUCCAAUCUGCACAGAGAAGUUCCCUCGCACCCAAUAUGCCAGUGUCAAGACACCAGCUCUCAUUGUAUACGGGGAUCAAGAUGUCCAACUGGGUGAAGUGAGCCUGAACAACUUGAAGAAUUUACCUAAUCACAAGAUAAUGAUGAUGAAAGGGGCAGGCCAUGCCUGUUAUCUUGACAAGCCAGAUGAGUGGCACCAGAGGCUGCUGGAUUUCCUGAAGAACAUAGAGUAAACAGCAAAUCAGUCAGCACUGGCCUAGCCAGCCCAUAAUCAAUGAGGACCUAACCAGUUUUUCUAGCAUACACAUGUAAGGAGCUGGGAUUUCUUUCUGCAGUUCUGUUAGUAACCUGAGUGGGGCACAGAUUGUUUAUGGACUGUCUAACCAUGAUAGACUUAAAACUAUUAGAAAGUGUUACAUCCAGAAUACAUUCAUAUAUUCAUGAUUCAUUAAUUGCAUAAUUAAGAUGACCAAGUACGAUUUUUCUUGCUUGGGUCAUGAGAUAUUUGAAGUCAAAUUUACAUAAAAUAAUCAUUCAUAGAAAUGUAUUAGGAUCUGUACAUGGAUAUGUUAGGAGUUGGUCCUCAGUAUCAUGAGCUUUACUGCCAAGAUUUUAAUCAUGAACAAUUUUUUUCUCAAAGCUGAUUGAGUGCUGGCUGAGAUAGAUGUAAUAAAGGUAAGGCAAUGGCUGGGUUUAAGUAUCUUAUAAACAUAUGAUUUAAUUUUUUUGACUUAGCACACCAAAGAAUCUAUCCAUUAUAACAUAUCAUCAUGUAUGACACUGGAGUGGCGAUUAAAAUUAAAAUCCUGGUUUGUUAGCAUCAGACAAAGUUAUUAUGGCUGAUUUACUAUAUGAAAACCAAAAUGUCAAAAUAUAUUUUUUUAACCCAUAGAUUCUUCUAUAAGCUAACUUUCAUUGACUGCUAUUUCUUUGUCCUUGUUAUCUUUGUUAGCAGGACACUUUUUGUUUUGAUGACUGGACAUAGCAUUCUCCAAUUUGAUAUACUAUAUGUAUGUUGGGUUUUAAUUUCCAUAAUUUUCAGCAGGCUUGGAAACCAUGCAUGGGAAUUGUGCUAGUCAGAAUGUAUGUCAGUUGGUGUCCAUUACAUCUGGAUAUCGAGUAGCAGGUUUAAAGAAAGCUGUACUGCAAUUUAUGCUAUUUGACCCACACAUAUUUUUGCAUCUGGAUUAGCUUCUUUGGGAUGGAAGAACUGCAUAUAGUUUUCUUUUAUCAGAGCCCAUAAUGGCAUUAGAGACUUUGUGAAGUGCACUUGUAUUGGGGCAGAAUGUAUGUUGGCACCAUCCUCUGAAUUUAAUGAAUGUUAUAUUGGGGGAUAAAUUCUUACUUCCUCCUCCUGUUUUUCAAAGAAAAUUGACAAGGUCUAUACAUAUGUUACAUGAUACCUCCACUCUUGGAAGCCUGAUUUCUUCAAGAAUGUACAAGUAUUCGUAGUGAUAAACUUGUCUUCCACAGAUAGUGUGUUCAUUUUUCUUGGGCAGAUAUUUUUAAAGUUUUUUAAAAAGGUUAAAGGGGCUAUUUAAUUAGAGCUGUGCUUGACCAUAGCUGUAGAACUAGCAGGAUUCCCUGGAUAGCACCUGCAUAGUCAGUAUAAGGAGAAACUGAUCACACUUUUUGAACAAGAGAGUGUGAGCAUCCUGUUGCACUUUCAUACUUGUUCCUUUGCUCCCGAAAUAUAAUCAAAGGGAAUGCAGACUUCUGAGAAUAAGAUUGGAGCAGGAAAAUUAAUAAUAGUUGUACAGGUGCUGCCUAGAUUUCAGGUGAGUUCCUGCUGUACCAGUUUUGAUUAUCAAAAUGGAUUCAUUUGUAAUUAAAUAAAACUGAUUUAUAUCUA